CGGUGAAACUUUAAUACAUACUUCAGAUCAAGCCUGGACAGUUUCGAGAACGCGCUACAUAGUGCCUAGCUUCUUGAGCACCACAAAGAUUACUCCAGCUGACACGAUCGAUUACAGCAACCGGAAUUGUUCGAUGCUCCCGCCUUGAGCUCUAUUCAAAAUGUCUACACCCUCAUUUUCUUCCUUUCCACCCUCGUUCGCCUCGUUCCCAGACCUUGACCCUGGUCCGAGUAGGCAUACCCUGGACCGAACGCGAAAUGAAAGCUCCACAGAUGCUCGUGAACCUCGGGAGCAGGAUAGAAAGGAUAAGAACCGACGUGGCAGUAAGAAGUUGAAAGACGAGUCUCGAAAAGACAAGAAGCAUAAGACGGCAAAGCAUCAUCUUGAGCCGGUACUUCCCAGGCAACAUAAACAUACGCGGAAGGGGGUCAGUAUACCGGAUGAUGAAAAAAUCAAGGCCGAGGAGGACAGACGCCUUGCUCAGAGUGAUAUCCAAGGCAGCCAAUGGGAUUCUCGUCCAGUGUUCUUCUCUGAUAGGAAAGGUGACCAACUGAAUGUCACCUACGGCAGUAAUCACGCUGGCAAUGUCCCCAAGUACCAUCUUGUAAACCGUGGUAGAAGUAUUCUUGGUCUUGACGGGGACUGGGCUAUCUAUCGCAGAGGUAAGGGUAUAGAGAUAAUCAUAGGGAGGAGACAUAAGCAACCCGCCUUGACUGACUCGAGCGUAACGACGUUAUUGGCAGCACCCCCGUCCCAACGCCUUAUUGGUUCCGGUGACAGUUACAAGUACGAAGAGGUGGACGGUUUCUUGCGACUGCCCUCCGGUCAUAAAGCUGCCGAAGACUAUCGUUCUAUAACAAAGCAGCAAGAUCACCUUGAUUCAGACUCUCAGUCGUCUGCUUCAAAUGACAGCUCAGGUGACGAGUCAGGAACACCCAUUCUCACAUCACAUCAGCUGUCUUUGAAGGCACUGGAGCAGCAGUUGGCCGCUGAUCCAUCUUCAGUAGAGACGUGGUUGUCACUCGUGAGACACUCAUUGUCGAACAUACCCCUGACCUCGAAAAAUGCGGCCAAAGCUCGCGCCGAGAUAACACUCUCUAUUCUCACCCGUGCUCGUGCUGCCAAUCCGCACAACAAGUCAUCCCGCAUUCUAUUCCUGAAGUACCUGAGGGCAGGAGAGGAAGUCUGGCACGAGAGUAAAACCAAGGCAGAGUGGGAAGAAGCUCUUAAACUCGGUGGAAUUGAAAUUUGGAUCGAAUGGCUUGAAUGGCGCAUUCGCACCGCUGCCGGUGGGGUCGAGACGUCUGUCACCGAUGCGACACGCGUCUUUAACGCACUCGGUAGCUCUGAGAGCAGCGAAAUUGAUAAACUGCGAGUCUUGUGGCGAGUUGCAGUCGCAUUCCAACAAGCAGGUUACCAUGAACGCACUACUGCCUUAUUCCAGGCACAAGCGGAGCUAACGUUCGAGGUACCCCAGUCAUUGUACGGACUUCCCCAUGAAUCUCAACUGGAAUCCCUGGAGGAAUUUUGGGAGUCCGAAGUACCGCGCGCCGGCGAGCCUGGAGCCAAAGGUUGGGGUGACUGGAUGUCAUGCGGUAGACCUGACAACCCCGUUUCCCCACUGAAGGCGGUUCCCCAGAUGGACGUUGACGACCAAUUGAAAGAUCCGUAUGUCCAAUGGCAUCACGAUGAAUUGUGCGCCGAUCGCACAUCACGUGUGCCUGCCCGCUCUGUGGACACAAGGAGCGAGUCUGACCCAUACGCGACAGUUCUACUUUCGGAUAUCAAGGCACUACUAUUGCCCAUCCGCACGGAAGGUGCUAAGAAUGCUUUUCGCCUUAUCUGGUUAUCCAUUCUAGGCUUGCACAUUCCUGGUCUCUCGGAAACUCUGUCACAGGGAUCUUGGGAUGACCGAUGGUCAUUCACUUACCUGAGUUCUUUCUCGCGAUUGGAGUCGAUUUUUCCUGCUGCUGCGGGACAGCGGCAAUUGAUCGCUGACUCUCAUGCUGGCACGCUCAUAGGAAGGGAAAGAGAAUUUUCGAACGCAUUCGGUCCGAUCAAAGAGUGGAGUAGAAAUGCCCUCGGACCGUUGGAGUGGGUAGGCGAAGAGAAGUGGCGAAUGUGGGUUGCCGCUGAUCUGCAAGAGAUCGACAAGGAGUUCGUACGAGCUGUGUUCAGCCAGCUCAGAUGCGGUAGCGAGGACUAUGAGUGGGACAUUUACGCUUUAGCAUUUGAGGCGGCCCUCAAUAUCAAAAGUGCUCUGAAGCUCUCGCGGACAUUCUUGUCGACAGCACGAGAUUCCUUACCGCACUGGGCAGCCCACGCACGUCUCGAGCGCUUGCGCGAGCACGUAGAUGAUGCCCGUAAGGUCUAUCAAACGGUGCUUGUAACCUCUCAGCACACACCCACCCAGCCUUUCGUUGGCCAGUUAUGGUGGGAUUGGGCUGAGAUGGAAUGGCUUAGUGGUGACGAAAAUGCGGCACUACGUGUUAUCCAGCGCUCAGUCAAGAUCGAGGGUACGGGUGGUAUGAUGGUUCUCCGUGUAAAACGCAGCCUCGAUGAUACGAUUAGCUGCACUCACGAGCAUUGGAAGGACCGGGAGGCUUGGAUAAAACUACGAGCCUUGGUCGAGCUGCUUUCUUCCUCAUCUCAAGAUGCGGCACUCGCGGUCUUAGACUCUCAGCCUGCUGCCAGUGUUAAUGAGAAACCUGGUCGGAGAGAGAGCAUAAUGGUUGCAUCUCUUAUGCUACUGUACAACUAUUCAGUCAUGCUACGACGUCCUACUCCGACAGCUGUCCUGAGGGAUCGACUACAGAUUGCCGUCGACACUUACCCGGACAAUAGCCUGGUGUUGGGCAUGUUUCUAGAGGCUGAGAAAGGACACGGUAUCUGGGGUCGCGUACGGGCUCAACUCGGACAAAGCACGGCCGAUGGAGGCCCAAGAGAAAAGAGCAUUUCACGGCGUAUCGCAGAAGUGUGGGUAGCAGGGUGGGAGAAAGUGCGAUGGCAGAGUGAGAUCGAACGGACGAGGAGCGGACUUGCUGCGGCUGCAGAGAGCGAAAGGACUACAGGAAGCGCUAUUUUGUGGCGCGUCAUUUUGGAGUUUGAGAUUCGGGUCGGGGAGUUGCAAAGGGGGAAGAAGCUGCUUUACAGAGCAGUGAAUGAAUGUCCGCUUGCCAAGGAUCUAUAUAUGUUGGCCUUUGGGCCGCUGCGUUCGGUGUUUAGUGCUCGUGAGCUUGAUGGAUUCGUGGACAUUAUGGCGGAAAGGGGUAUUCGGAUGAGGAAAGGUGUAGAUGAAUACGUUGAGAGGAUGAAGGGUGGAGAUGAAAGCGGUUCUGAUAACGAAGAUCUGGACGGUUCCGAGGAUGAGAUCGAACAUGAAGCGAGGCAGAGGCGGCUACUAAUGCCAUACUAGUACCCGAUGUACAAAUAAGCCACAACUUAUGAUUGUUUUGG